CUGACAUUCUCGCCAACAUGCCUCAAGCAUGACAAUAAACGGGUUUAGCUGGGUAACGGGGGGGGGGAAAGGCAAUGUAACAGAAACACUCUCGGCAGGUCCCACCUGGGCUGGAAGCUCGACGCAAGGAAGGAAAAAAAAACAACAUGGUGAAGAAGCAAAAUGACGGAGUUAAAGUUUAACCGACGGGAGGUUUGACGAGCAGAUAUUAGCGAGGACAACAGUAUGGCGCGUCGCUCUCAAUGUUCCUCUGCUGGGGAUAACCCCCUGGACCCCAACUACCUCCCUCCUCACUAUAGGGAAGAGUACCGCUUGGCUAUUGAUGCACUGAUUGAGGAGGACUUGGAGGGAUACUAUCAGUUCCUGCAGAAAGCAGAUGUGGUGGACUUUCUGUCCACACCUGAAAUCCAGUAUAUUCAGAGCUCUGUUCAGGAUUCUCAGUACAGCAACCACCCUGAGCAUCCCUUCCUGGAGAGCGGGGGAGAUGGCUCCUCAGACACUUACUGGCCCCUUAACUCUGACCUGGAUGUCCCAGAUUUGGACCUUGGCUGGCCUCAGCUGCAUCACUUCAUCGGGCCCACAGAGGUCACCACUCUGGUCAACCCUCCUGAGCCCAACAUGCCGAGUAUCAAGGAACAGGCACGACGACUCAUCAAGAACGCUCAACAGGUUGUUGCCAUAGUGAUGGACAUGUUUACUGAUAUCGACAUAUUUGUGGAUAUUGUCAAUGCCGCCAUGAGGAAUGUUGCUGUCUACAUCCUUCUAGACCAGCAGAAUGCACAUCACUUCAUCAACAUGGUUUCCAACUGCAGAGUAAAUCUGCAGAGCAUUCAAUUUUUACGAGUGAGAACGGUGUCUGGCAUCACGUAUCAGUGCCGCUCAGGAAAAACCUUCAAAGGUCAGAUGAUGGAUCGCUUCUUACUAACAGACUGCAGGGCUGUGCUGAGUGGAAAUUACAGCUUCAUGUGGUCUUUUGAGAAGCUGCACCGCUGUAUGGCACACCUGUUCCUGGGACAGCUUGUGACAACCUUUGAUGAAGAGUUUCGGAUUCUGUUCGCUCAGUCUCAACCGCUAGUGAUUGAAAAUGUGCUUCCUCCUAUGGAAGAUGUAAGCCUUUUGCAAAAGAGGCAGUACCCAAGUGAAAGAACUGCACUGUACAGAGAUACCAGAAAGUUUCUAUCACUGGACACUGAUCCUUCAGAUGAAUGGGCAAGACAUUCCUACGAGGAACGAAUGGAAGGGGAUUGGAGGAUGAAGCCCCAUAAAAGGCAGGAACCACUGCGCUGCCCUACAGACAUGUACAGUAGGUUGCCCCCUCAGCAGUCACACAUGGAUCCACCUUUUGAUCAGGGUCCCUCCAGGAUUCUCAUGAUGGACAAUCCUGCCUUUAAACGCCACUCUUUUGCUGAAGGUGGUCAUGGUAGAUACUCUUUCCUGCAGCAACAGGGAAUGCCAGACUCUGAGUCCCAGGGAAGGCAUUUUCAUAGGGGGCUGCAGCCUUAUACAGGACCAGGACAAGGACCUGGACCAGGACCAGAGGCAGAAUAUAGUGGCUAUGAAAAGUUCUGGAACCAAGACUGUCAUACAGCAGAUCAGUACCCUGAACCGGGUUUACCACAAGAUAUGAAACCAUCUGAUAACUUUGACCCCAUUCGUAACUAUUUUUCUUCCACCAGAAAUCUAGACUUUGACCAGAGCUCAGAUAAGUUGCCACCUGCAGCAGAUUUGCCAUUUAGUUCAUCUCACCCAAGAAGACUGAGUUUAGGCCAGUCAUAUGCCUGUCAAACCUCCCCCACUCCUUCAAACCCAACUGAUCAGAAACAAUUUUUUCAAGAGCCUACUGCUGACCGCAAGGAUCCUAUGGUGAAACGUGGCCUGAGAAACUGGAGGAUUAGCUCAUACCUCAGUGCAUAUGAUAACCCAGAAGAUGAAAACCUGCCCGUGGCACCAUUUCAGGCACCAGAUCCUUUUGAACAUCCCUCUAACCCCAUACAGCCAACACCAGGCAUAGACCUAACAGUUCCUAAAAUACCUAAUGUCAGAGAGUUUAAGGUUCCUGCAAUACCCAGGGCAAGUCAGAUUCCAAAUUAUGCCAAAACAGCUGCCAGAGAGCAGCCAAAUAAAUUGCCAGAUAAACCUGUUGCAGUGGCAGCAGAAACCAAAACAACACCAACACCUUCAGAAUCAUCAUCCACAACUGAAGUGGAAAAGACAGAGGAGGCAGAACAAAAGGAGACUGCAACUGCUGCUCUUCGGAGGGACGAGUCUUUCCGUAGGAAAUACAAUCCUGCAGUGCCAAGGAGCUCCAGGUUACGAUCCUCUCUGAUAUUCAGUUCUCUGGAGCAGCAGACUCCUCAAGAUAGUAAAACUGCUGCUCCAACAGCAGAUCACCAAGAUGAGGAAGGUGACAAAAAUGAACCUGAACCAACAAAACUACCUUUUGUUUCUCAAGUUUUGGGACAAAGGAAGACUGCAAGGGAACCUUUUGAAUGGAGUCGUUACAAACAAUCAUCCACAUUUGAUAACUCCACAGAAACAUCCAAAACAGAUGAUGGAGGCAGUAAAUUGGACAGUAAAGAUUCAUCAAAGGAAGAGAACUCAAAGGAUCUUGCACAAAAACCUGCGACACAGGAGUCAGUACAACUGCCAGAUGUAGAGCAAGUUAGUCUUUCACCAUCAGUGCCUCAAUCCAAGCCUUCUGAAGCGGAGCUACCCAGAACUGACCAACCAGUCCAACCACCUAAACCUUUGCUCCCUACUUCAUUAUUUGUAGAUAUGAAUGAUCCUGAUAAUAGGCUCAUGUUUUUCAAAGAGCUGGCAGCAAAACGCAAAGCCGCUAAAGCUGCAGAGGCUGAAAAGAGCAAAGAAAAGGCUCAGAUGAAACCAUCAGCUGAUCUGAAAACCAACACCAAUGUUAAAAAGGAAGAGCUUGCACCAAAAGAAAUCACGGCUUCUACAUCUGAGGGUGUAUUAGAAAAACAUGCUGCUUCAAAGGGUAUGAGAAAGAUGGCAUCUGCAGAAGCAUGGGAGCCAGUGAGUCAGUCUGUAGAUACCAGUGAAAAGAGCAACAAGCAGGACGGUCUUGUCAAAACCUUCCAAAGCUGUAAAUCAGAACAAACCCAAAUUUCGACUGAUUCAGAGAUGAAAGCGCUUGAGAACAGACAGUCAGCAGUCCUUCCUGUUUCUUCAGAAGCGGAUGCACCUCAGAGCAAAUCACCACAUCUGUCACAUCCUGCUGUAAAAGAGAGUAGCCACAGUCACUCACCAACACCAACUAAUGCUGCUCCUGCUGUUUCGUCUCUUGCACAAGGAACUGAUGAAAGUGAAAGCCCAAGCCUUGAUUCUACCUCAAAUGAGUCUAAUUCAGUCACUCCCAGUUCAGUAGAAGUGCCGUCAUUGUCUGCAUUGGGUUCAAACACUCAAAAUCCUCAGUUAGAAACCAACAUCUGCUCUUCUCCAUCUGAAAAAGACACUGGAUCAGAAUGUAGCUCCUCUAACCCACCCGUUCAAAGCUCUUCCUCUGAUCACAGUCUGCAAGAUUCUGGUUCACAGAACAGUCCCAAUUCCUUAUCCUUCAGUUUGCCCCCUCUUUCCACAGCAGAAGACCUUGAGUCUUCUAACGUUAUCCCAGAAGAUUCCAGCUCAACUCCUGCCACCAAUUUGUCAUUUCCAAAUCUUGAUAAAAUAGAAACACAGCAUUCUGUCAGCUCCUCACUGCAAGAAUCCUUCCAGUCAUCUGAGGAAACUUCACAAAAAUCUGAAAAUCUGAGUAACCAAACUCAUGCAGAUUCAGUUGUCCAACUGUCGUCAUCAGAGACCCCUUCAGCAGUUGAGUUUACCCACGUGGUAUCUGGUAGUUCUCCUGAUGCUGGCGCUGCUGGUUCAGAGCCCAACAAAUGCUCAUUAGAGUCCACCACAACCUCUGAAGAUGUUUCUGCUGCUACAUCUUCAGUAAAAGAAUUAGAAAAGGAUAUAUUUGAAUCAGACAAAACCAUUUCGGAUUUGGAAAAGGAUGUUUCUAAAUCAGAAAAAGAUGUUUUUGAAUCAGAAAUUAACUCCUCUCCAAAGACUACUGCAGAGGAAUCUGAGGUUUUCGCAUCAUCAAAGGAUGUUACAGAUGACAGUCCGCCUCCUAGUCUUACUUCUUCGUCCAUGGAAUCAGGUUUACUUAGUGUCUCUGGUCUGGAAAGCUCUACUUCCAAACCUGAUUUAAAAGAGACUAUAACUCCUGCAUCCACUCCAUCAGACACUGCACCUGAGCAUUUGCCAUCAGAAACAAGCUCACAUGCCAAUACAGACUUAACUCCUAAAGACUCCCAGUCGGAAACACCUGCAUCUCCUCAAGACGCACCAGUACAAGCCGCCCCUCCCUCCGACCUUAAGGUGUUAGGAUCCGAUUCUCCCACUCCACCCAAAGCAGUAUCAUGGUCUCCUCUGUCUGAAUCAGUUGGAUCAGUUUUGUCUCCUGAGGCUAAAAAAACAGGAACUAACUUGUCGACGUUGCACAGUCUUUCAAAUACAGACUCCCUUCCCAGUGAAAGUCCAUCAGAGUUGGAUAAAUCUCCACCACACGUAAUAACUAAAUCUCCCUCCAGCCCAACUGAGUCUACCUCAAAUGCCCCAACAGCCUCUGAUCAACCAUGCAAAACACCUGAAUCAGAGACUUCAGAAAGCCACACCUUAGAGCAGCCCGUACCUGUUGAAAACAGUCAAAUUGGGCCCGAAAUAUUGAACACAGGUGAGAAAAAAUCAGAUACCGAGGACACAAAUGAGAUCGAUAAAAGUAACACUAAGGAGUCUGUCAGAUGCAAAAAAACAAAUGACCCAGCAAAGCAAAGUAACGGCUCUGAAUCGACAGAGAUCAAGCAGCCAAAAUCAAGCCAGUCUCGCUACCACUCAUCCACAGCCAACGUGCUCUCAAGCAGCAACCUGAGAGACGACACAAAACUGCUCCUAGAGCAGAUUUCUGCAAAUAGCCAAAGUAGGAACGAGGCUACCAAAGAGUCUCCAGCCACCAAAGAGUCUCCCGUUACCAAAGAGUGUCCUGUCACUGAUGACGAGAAAGAAGACGAAGCUGACAAAAAUGCCAAAAAAGAGAAAGAAAGAGAGUACAGAGGCUUUCGCAGAGUGCCAGCUAAACCGAGCCCAGAACGUGAGAAGCUGCUGGAGAGGAUUCAGAGCAUGAGGAAGGAGAGGAAAGUUUACAGUCGAUUUGAGAUGGCACCUUAAAUAGGAUCCAAAGAAGGUGAAGCGAACAGUGGAUACAGUACGUUUACAUAAGGAGUGAAACAAAGAAGCUGAAAUGAUGA